UGCUGGUGUGCCAAUGCGCAGUCUAUUGUGUGUGUGCCUCCCAGAAGCUCCUCAGCCCCGUAGAGCUGUUGUUCCCAGCGAGCAGCAGGACAAUCAGACGGACUGCUGGAUUAGGAAGGACAAAAGAGAAAGUGUGAUUUUUUUUUUUCUAUUUUCCCUCUCCUCUGUCUGAGUUACGCGUCUGGUUCGCAUCAGUUCCCGUUUUUUUAAGGAAUCAUCGCUCUGUCGGCUGAACUUUGCUUCUGUGGUACAACACAGACCGGUAUGGAUUUAGUUACCACAGACUAGACAAGACAUGCCGUCUAGUCGUCCACUAAAGUUUUGAUUGUCACCGUUUGUUCCCGAUCCCAGAGCGGAGGAAAACAGCGCCGCGUUUUCAGUUUUUAGGUUGUUUCCUUUACAUUUUUUUGAAACACGUGUGGGGACAUUUGGACGCAGGCUUUUUCCCCUGCUUCUCCAUACUUUCUUUCUCAUGGGGUGACCCACAUACGGCUCCUGAGACGUGACUGUAGGACAAGCAGCCCCACUCUCCUCCCUCGCACAGCUGUUUUACUGACCUUCCCAAAAAGGCAGUAAUUGAUUCCCUUGAGACUCUGCUCAACUCCACAGUUUGAAUGAAACUUUGCUGCAAAGCCACUGGGCUCUGCCACAGUGUCACCAUGAUGAGCAAGUACGAGCAGUACUAUGAAAAGGAUCUGAUAAUAUACUACUAUGCCUGUGCUAAGAACUGGACUGUGAAUAACACAAAGGAAGAAUAUGAUAAAAAAAGCCAGCUCCCUAACUGGAAAGUUGUCCUCGUGGUCCUCUGCAUCAUCAUCAUCCUCGAGAAUCUUUUGGUCUUACUUUCUGUCUUCCGCAACAAGAAGUUCCACUCAGCCAUGUUCUUCUUUAUUGGCAACCUGGCGUUCUCUGACUUGCUGGCUGGCUCUGCCUACAUAGCCAAUAUAUUCCUGUCAGGGUCAAUGACCUUACAACUCUACCCUGUGCAGUGGUUCAUCAGAGAAGGCACAGCCUUCAUCGCCCUGGCUGCUUCUGUCUUCAGCUUGUUGGCGAUAGCUAUAGAGCGCUUUAUUGCGAUCACCAAAGUCAAAGUAUACGGCUCAACCAAAACGUGUCGCAUGUUUCUGUUGAUAGGAGCCUGCUGGGUCACCUCGAUUCUGCUCGGAGGGCUUCCCAUCUUGGGAUGGAACUGCAUCAACAACCUCUCUGAGUGCUCAGUUGUGCUGCCGCUCUACUCUAAGAGAUACAUACUAUUUGUUGUCUCUAUUUUUACCCUCAUACUGCUCUCCAUUGUCAUCCUUUAUGUGAGGAUCUACUUGAUCGUUCGGUCCAGCCACCAGGAAGCAACUAACUCCCAAGCAUAUUCGCUUUUGAAAACAGUCACAAUUGUGCUGGGUGUCUUCAUCAUGUGCUGGCUGCCAGUUUUUACCUUGCUGCUCCUGGAUUCGUUCUGCAACAUCCAGGACUGCCCUGUGCUCAAAGAUGCAGAUAUGUUUUUUGGAUUAGCCAUUCUGAACUCUGCGCUUAACCCAUUGAUCUAUGUGCUGCGCAGCAAAGACAUGAGGAGGGAGUUCAUGCGUCUGCUGUGCUGCUGGGGUGUGCUGCAGAGUGGCCGGCCGUCCGAACGCUGCCUGGUCCAACUGAAGAGCUCCAGCUCUCUGGAACACUGCACCAACAAAUUCGAACACCAGACCACACCCAUCAUGCAAACGUGUACCACCUGUGUCUGACUUGAGGGCUUUGUGUGUGCACGAAACAGAGAGAUGUGAUGAUGAGGUGGACAGAUGUUAGCAGAGAAGCCAGUAUGUGCUGGGGCUAGACUUCUGGACCUGUUGGGAUCCAGCUGUCUGUUGGGACACAUUACAUGACGCAGAGUGCUUUUCACAUAAAACUGUGUGACUUGUUCAAUGUUCAGCUGUGAAACAGGUGUUAAAACAUUAUUAGAGGCUACCAAUUCAAUUUAUGAAAACAAUGUUGAGAAAUGUGAAAAAAGCUUUGUAGCUAGGUACAUUUAUCAGUGGAUAUGGAGCAAACCAUGUUUAUAAUUUUUUUCGUUGUCUUUAAACUUGCAAAUGUGUAUCAAAAACCAAAAUUAGCAACAGAAUAUGCAGAACAUCCUAGUUAGAUUGAGCUGUGUCAAUGCAAAGCUUGCAGAAGUUGCACUUUUGUCUGUUAGCAUGCAGAUGGACCUGUAUAACCUUCGACUGCAUCACUCAUCUUGGUAGAGACAGGUAGAAAUCCACCACACUUUUCUAUAAAAGAGGAAGAAAUUUGCAACAAUGAGCACUCCACGUAACCCAGACCACACUGAGUGAUUUUUUAGCAAAAACAAUUAAAUAUUCCCUAUAUAACCUUGUUUAACCAAAUUGAAUAACCACAACAAAAGUACAUAAUCUGCUUUAUUUAGUGCAUGAUGAAAUUGUAAGGCAUUUGUAAGUGUUAUGUUUUUGUUAUAUACUCCAGCUUCCACGUCUUCUCCCAUGUCCCCUCUUAAACUGUGUCUCUCUUGCUUUUUGCAGUUGUCUUCUAAAUCCUAAUUGUUUCCACUGAGGAAGGCCAAACCAGAAAGCACAUCAGGUUAUUUGGCGCUGACUAAUUUAACUCGUUAACGGCUCUCAGACUGAUUUUUGCCCUGACAGUGUUGUGGCUAUGUAGCAGCCGUGUGCCAACCUCUGCUUGUGCCUUCCUCUGAGAGAAAAAAAAGGCUGAAUGUAUGAAUGAAGUGUCGGAGCAUGCGUUCCGUUCUAGACAGUAUUAUUGAUCAGGAUUUUGAAAUGCCAAGUCACUGAUGAGCAGAGAAUGGGAUGAACAGGGUAGGUCACCCUCACUGUGAACUCUUCUUGCACCAAGAACAAGAAAUUAAUUGUCCCGGUUUAUCUUGCUAGCCAUAUGCUUUGUGCAACUAAAAGUGUAAACACCACUCGUCUUUCCAAAGACCCCACCCGACCCCUCACUGCCUCUGUACGAUGGGAGAAGAUCAGGUUUCAAACGCAUAGGAGGGAUCUGCCCUCCUGGGAGUAAUGUUCUUCAUUCUCUGACAUUAAACAUGCAACUUCCUCCAUAUCUAGGAAGUCCUGUUUUCAACUGUCCAUUUCCUGUUGUUCAGGGUUACACUAACCUUUCUGUAGACAGACAUUGAAAACUUUUCCUCUCCGUUAGGAUUUGUUUUUUAAGAGUAACAUUUGCAUUUAUACAGCCAAGUAGAAAUGGUGAAAAGCACUUUGGCAGCUUCAGUGAUGUUUAAAUUUUCCCUUUUCCCUCUUUUGGAUGGAACAGUGUUUUAAUCUGUAUGAUUUCAGUGUAUGUCAAUGUUUUUGUAUGAUAAAUAUUAUAAAUAGCAUUGUGUAAUUAUGUUGUAUCUUUGUACAGUAUGUAUGAUUUUCUGUGUGGUAUGAAAUGUCUUGUGUGCAAUAGCUUUGUGUGUUCUGUAGCACGCUGCCUGUGUUAAAUUGGUACAAUCCUAAACACUAAUGGAGGUACAUAAACCUUUUGUUAAAUGCAUUCCAGUUUUAUAAAAUAAAUGACAUAUUGAAACACA